AAGACUUUACCCCCACAACGUUUCUUCCACAGAAUUGUCAUCCUCAUUAGUUCUCUGGCGGCUUAGAGGUUCCUUACUCAACAUCUCCAUCUCUCCGCCGCCGCAGACAAAGAGAUGGCGCCGUCGCCUCCAACACCUUCCAGGCUUCUCGAGAUCAACCUCAUCUCCGCCCAAGACUUAUUCUCUGCUUCCAAUAACAUGAAGACUUACGCCGUCGUUUGGGUCCGACAAGAAAACAAGUGCACCACCAAAGUAGACCAAAGCGGUGGAACCGACCCGACAUGGAACGAAAAAUUCGUGUUCAAAGUCGACAAGGAUGACGCCGUUAUUUCCGUCGAGGUUUACGCUGCUGCAUGGGACAAAGAUGCUACCAUAGGUUACGUUAACGUACCCUUAAACGACAUUUUCGAUUCCCCGUCGGCGGUUACCAGAACACUCGCGCUUCCAAUCAGCCGACCAUCCGGACGGUCCCAAGGGAUACUCAACAUGGAAGUUUCCCACAAGUUAACAACAACAGAAGAUUAUAACAGCGGCUCGAUUGUUAAUGGCUCCGUCGUUAAAGGAAACAGCGGUAGCAUGGUGAAUGGUAGUUCCCUUUGUAACUCCGACGUGGGUCCUUCAGCUUCGGUGGUGGCGGCGGCGAUUGCGAAAGGGUUGUAUAAACCGCAAGUUCCACAACAAACAGAAUCCAAAGAAGCGACACAAAUAACGGAAUGGACGAAGAAAGAGAGGGAAAAAGAGAUGGAGAAAAAGUUGUUGUCGGUGGACUCUCCAGCGGGAUCCAUAGUGGCGCCGCCGUACAGUAAAAGAAUAACGAGCAAAGAGAGGAAGAAGAAAGAGGGAACGAAGUUGUUUUCAUGUUUGGGAUGUGAAAUAGCGAUUACAUGUGGUGGUAGUGGUGAUGAUGAUGGUGAAAGUAGGAAGAAAUAUAGGAACAAACAUGAAGGUGGUAGCAAUAAAGUUUGUAACUUAAGCUCCAUUGAUAAUUGUAGCCAAUAAGCAAAAAAAAAAA